GUGGCAACACUUCAUUUUUUCAACUUUCCUUUCUUCACGCGUUUCGUCGAAUGUGAUGUCCCGCGCUUUUAGUUUCGUGCCUCACAAAGUUUUUAGCCGUGUUUCCCAAAGCCUUCCCCUCCUGUCAGCAGAUUUGUUUUUGCACGUGCUGCAUCAAACAAGAGAAGAGAAGACCAAGAACACAGUUCUCUGUUUUCCGUUAAGUCGGCGCGGUACCUUGUACUAUUCACCGACACCCAGCACCCUUUUGAAGACUCCUUCGCUCCGUUACUCGCGAGCAGCGAAAGUACGACUGUGGUAUUCUUGAGACAAACGUCUUUAAGCUCGUGGGCUAUUAUUAUUGUUUUCCUUUCCAUUUUGUUUUUAGGAGUGGAAGACGUGGAAAAGAGAAAACCAACAACUGAAGGAACGCGGCACAAUUGCGUGACGUUCGUACACGUUGUGUAUGAAAGAGGGUGCAAGUGAACGGUUUCUUUUUCUCACUUAACACCCGCAAUAACAGCACGCGAAAGUACAACGACGCUUUAAAGGAAGGAAAAAAAAAAACAAAUAUGACUACCCUUUCGUCGUAUGUGAAUGAGAAGCUGGAGGGCCGCACGCCGACGCAAAUCGUCGUCUUGACGAUUGGAGCCGCGGCGGCGGUUCGCAUUGCCCUCGACUGCUUCGGUGAGGGUCAGAUGGUGAAGCGCACGAAGCAGGCCGUGUGGCGCGGGAUUCGCUUCAUCGCAGACCCCUUCAUCAACGUGAAGGUGCAGAAGGCAGCAAGGGACAUGAAGAUGCCGUCGAAGGAAGGCGAGUUCAAGGCGAUCACCCUUCCCGAAAAGUCGCGAAGCGAAGAGGAUGUAUUGGAGUUGGUGCGGCAGUUUCACACCGACCUCGACCUGGACUACGAGGAGGGCGGCUUCAGCGGCACGGUCUACCACGGUGGUAAGACGCACACGAAGUUCAUCAAUGAUGUCAUGGCCAUCUACCAGUGGAGUAACCCGUUGCACAGCGACAUUUUCGGCGCUACGCGCAAGAUGGAAGCAGAGAUAGUGUCGAUGGUACUGCACAUGUUCAACGGUCACCUGCUGAAGGACGCCGGCGGUGUCGUCACGUCGGGUGGCACGGAGAGCAUCAUGAUGGCCUUGAGGGCCUACCGUGACUGGGGUCGUGACACCCGCGGCAUUGAGCGCCCGUCCGUCGUCGCACCCAUCACCAUUCACCCGGCCUUCGACAAGGGCGCCGAGUACUUCAACAUUGAGCUCAUUAAGGUCCCGAUUGUCGAGGCCACCGGCCAGGUGGACCCGCAGGAGAUGGAGAAGUACAUCCGCUACGACACCAUCGCCUUGGCCGCGUCAGCGCCGAACUUCCCUCACGGUGUCGUCGACCCCAUCGCGGAAGUGGCGGAGCUGGCCGUCAAAUACAACGUCGGCUUCCACGUCGACUGCUGCCUUGGUGGGUUUAUCAUGCCGUUCCUGGCCAAGACGGGCCGCACGGCACCGGUCGUUGACUUCCGGAAUCGCGGUGUGACGUCCAUCUCGUGCGACACGCACAAGUACGGCUACGCUCCGAAGGGCACGUCGACCGUCAUCUACCGCACAAGAGAGCUGCGCAGCUACCAGUUCUGCUGCAUCGCGGAGUGGCCGGGUGGCAUGUACUGCUCGCCGGCGGUGAGUGGGUCGAAACCCGGCAAUGCGAUUGCUGGCGCCUGGGCCGCGAUGGUGCGCAUGGGAGAGGAGGGCUACGUGGAGUGCUGCGACAAAAUCAUCUCCACGCGCGAAACGAUCACGGCGGCGCUGGAGAAGCUGCCGUACAUUCACAUUAUCGGCCAGCCCACUGCGAGUGUCUUUGCCUUCAACAGUCACACCAUCGAUAUCUUCCAGCUUGGCGACGGCCUGAAGAAGCGCGGGUGGGUGCUGAACAACCUGCAGUUUCCUUCUGGGCUACAGUUCAGCGUCACAAUGCUGCAAACGCGAGACGGGGUUGCCGCCCGCUUCAUCAACGACGUGAAGGAGAUCGGCGACGCGCUGUACGAGGAGCGGAGGCGGCUGCUGUCGGAGGGCAAGAAGGCGCCGAUCGGUGCGACAAGCGCGACCCUUUAUGGCACUGCACAGCGCAUUCCCGACCGCACCAUUGUCAAGGACAUUCUUCGCGAGUUCCUCAACACGUAUUACACCGCGUAG